GAUUGUUCGCUUAAUGAACGUUAGGUGGCAACACUUCCUCUGCCAGUCUUCUUAAAUGAGGUGCUGUCCUUUGCUCUUUUUAAAAUACUUUUUUUCCAGUGUCAUUUGGAGAAAGGCUGCAUCGACCGAGUCGCUAUUGUACCAGCGGAAAAUAAUACAGAGUUGUGAUUUCAUCACCAGUUUAGGUCACUCUGUGUAUGGGCAGCUGUUUCUUGGGGAUUGCUGAUAUAGGCGCAACCCUUGUGCGUCAGGAUAUAGGUCCGUGUUGAGAGUUUUGUUUACAAAAUGGAUGAAUUUAAAGGCUGUAAUCUUGACUACUUUCCAGAGAACAUUUUAAUUGACGUACUCUCCUACUUAAGUGUCAGAGAGCUCGUCAGAGCUGGGAGAGUGUGCAAGAGAUGGAAACGCCUCGUUAAAGACCAAAGACUGUGGAGAACAGUUGAUCUGACUGCAUGGAAAGGGGUGACGUCCCGGAUCCUUUGGUUCCUUCUGCGUCAGUACCUGGGUUGUGGACUGAGGUGCCUUCGCUUGCGUGGUUUGUUGCUCUCUGCCCGAGGCGGCACCUUUCUCUCUGAGUCUUGGCUCAAGGCUUUGUCCACCAAAUGUCCCCGCCUGAGUAAACUCUGUCUUCUGCAUGCUGAUCUCAGAAGCUUACCAAACUGCCAAAUCCUGCCCCGAUCUUUGCGGGUGCUGGAGUUGCGUGGCUGUGAGCUGCCUCGUAGUUUUUUCAAUCAAAGCUUGCCUACUUCACCUGGUCUACCUCAUGAACGAGCCGAAGCCACAUGUAGUGUUGGUGCUCAACAGAAAGGACGCUGUCAGAAAGGGAAGGGGAUUGCUUCUCCUUCGGGAAUCGGUGUCGAGAGGUUGGUCCUCAACAACGUCCCAUCUUUUACAGACCAGCAUCUGCAGAAUCUGGCAUCCUGGGAGAGGCUCAGUCGCCUGGAGUUACGCGAUACCUUUCGUGUAACAGCAAAUGGACUUAGGAGCUGUGCAGCCAAAGAAGGCCUCUCAGGGCUGGAAGGGCUUUCAAGACUCAAAUAUCUUGAAAUAGGCAUUACAGGACGACAGGGCUACCAGUUACAGAUGGCCUCCCUUGGACUGGGGGCAGGGUGGCUUGGACUAGAGGAGCUGAGUCUUGGUGGGAAGGAGGUGGGACCGGGCUUGCUUUGUGCCAGCCGUCUGAAGGACCUAAAAUGUCUGCAUCUUUGGGCCUGUACACUCAGUGAGCUGCAGAUCGUGCGGAGCUGCAGGAUGCUCCGCGGGCUCCGCCAGCUGGAGUUUUUAGACGUUACAUUCCAGCCUCGGCAGAGUCCUCCUGCAGAGGAAGGACAGGAGCAGGAAGGUGGAGAGGAGCAGCAGAAUGAGGAGGGAGGUACUGGUGGAGAAAGUAAUGAUGAGAACAGAACACUGGAUGGGACCGAUCCCUUCCCAAGUCUGCGCCGCUCACUGGCUGGUCUGUUGCCAUCAUGCUCGCUGGUUUUUACUAACUGCUCUGUUCAGAUAAAUGUAGAUUGAAUCUAUUCAAGUGGCUAACAAGCAUUUAUUCCCUUUACAAGACAGUUACUGGGAGAUUUUGGAGUUUCUAUAGACAACAUAGAGAACAUGACAGGGUCUUGCAAUGACUAUAGACUAUAGUUUAACAGUUUGUGAAUAUGUUUUUACAAAAUUUCUCAAUGUAAUAGGGAAAAAAGAGCUAGACCAUCUUGAUUGGAUAUGGCCUCCAUUGUAAAGCUCUUAGUUUUGUUACGCCUAGUACACAUAAUUUAGUAUUUCAAGCAGAACAAGUUCUAACAUUUACAUGCAAAGCCACAUAAAAAUAGAAGCAAAGAAAAUUAUUCUAAAGAAACUUUAGAUUUUUCAGAUUUCUGUAGUUAGAUCUUUAAAAGAUCACUUUUUUCAAAACUUAGUGAUUUGCUUGAACACUUUGAUGAAUCAAAAUUUUUUAGCUCUGUUUCUGAGCUGCAUGUUCAUCAAGCAACAGUUAAGUUUAACUACAAGUAUUAUCUUACUGUUACUAUAUUACCAACCAGUCGGUUUAAAGUAACUAAGGUUACUACGCAAGGAGAAACAUGUUUUCACAUUGAGGAAAAAAUAAACCAUUUGCAGAACAUCUUAAUGUAAGACAAAGCAGAACAUUCACUUGUUGUCUGUCAACAGACAUGCAGGUGUUUGAGUCAAAGUACUGAAGAUGUCGUAAGAAAAAAUCCACCUGUUUCCUGUUGCCUAACUGCUUUCUAACUUUGUAUACACUCAGAAAAUCAUGUAUUUUCUCAUGUGAAGGGUGGUUUAACGUUUUUAUGACUAUAUUCUUUCACUGAGUCUUUGCUGAUGUGACUUUUAAAGGUGAUGAGUACAAAAUGAUAUCAAUGUUUUUAUUUUAUUAUCAACAAAAAUCAUGAAAGAUUUGGAGUAAGGAUCUAAAUAAUGUUGCAUUUGACUUCAAAUCUUGUAAUAAUGAAAUUGUUGAAAAUAUUUUUUUGCAAAUA